AUGUCCUCUAAGAAGUCGACGUCUAGUAGAUCUUCAAGGCAGUCUCACCGAUCAACAUUGUCCUUAUCGAGGACAGAAAUUGUAAUUAAUGUCUACGACCUUUUACCUGCCGGUCGCCUCUCCUCAGUUUUGUGGACAGUUGGUGCCUCAUUGCUACAUUCGGGCGUCGUUAUAAACGGGAAAGAAUAUGCCUACGGUGGACACGACCAGCCUGGCAUGACGGGCGUUUAUUGGACACGGCCGAAGACGGAACCCCCUGGCGGCACAUUCAGGACCGAGAUUCUGCACGGAUUUACCUUUGCGACACAAGCCGAAAUCGAUUCUAGCAUUCGCCAUGCUUCCGACGAGUUCCAGGGCACCGCCUACAACCUGCUCACCAGAAACUGCAACCACUUCACCAGCUACCUUUGCCAGAAGCUUACCGGUCGGCCCGGCCCCGCCUGGCUCAACCGUGCCGCAAGCAUCGGAGUUGCCCUCCCGUGCGUCGUCCCCCGCGACUGGGUCGAGCCGCCGGAUUUCGAGACCGCCGAAGGCGAGCUGCUAGACGACGAAGGAUUAGACGACAACGAGGGCACGAGGAUGCUACGACAGAAUAACGCAAGGAGAUUUGCUACGCCCGAAAGCGAAGAAGAGGGAGAGGACUCGGGUUGGGACGGCGAAGAAACACACCGGGACGUUAGGCAUGGCAAGGGGAAAGGCCCGGCGAAAGAUACAAGCGGGCGGACCCUGCCACCAGCAGAGAGAGCGCCUUCGGUAGGCAGGGGAAGCAUGUCUUAG